ACUUUUCUGUCUUUUCAGCACAGAAUCUGCUGUUGGCUGAGCUCUCCAUGGAGCUUUGUUUCUAGCUGUUCUCUGACAAAGGGCUUGUUCUGUGAAGCACAUCUCUUCUUUGUUCAGUCUCUGGCUUCAGCCAUUGAAUCACAAAUUCUCUCCAGCUGGGAAGCAGACGAGGGCAGAGAUGAAGAACCCGGAAGGCCAACAGGAUGUUUCUGUUUCCCAGGGAUUCCGCAUGAUGUUUUACGUGAUGAAGCCCAAUGAAACCUCAUUCCAAACCCUAGAAGAGGUGCCUGACUAUGUAAAAAAGGCAACUCCAUUUUUCAUUUCCUUGAUACUGCUUGAACUAGUUAUCAGCUGGAUUCACAAAGGGAAGCCCUCAGGCCGUUUGGAUGAUGCAUUAACAUCAAUAUCAGCUGGUGUCCUGUCUCGGCUUCCAAGUUUGUUUUCCAGGAGCAUUGAACUGACCAGUUACAUUUAUGUUUGGGAGAACUACAGGCUCCUCAGCUUGCCUUGGGAUUCCCCAUGGACUUGGUAUUUGACUUUCUUAGGCGUUGACUUUGGCUACUAUUGGUUCCAUCGCAUGGCCCAUGAGGUUAAUAUUAUGUGGGCUGGACACCAAACACACCACAGUUCUGAAGACUAUAACUUAUCCACGGCACUGAGACAAUCUGUCCUCCAAAUAUAUACUUCCUGGAUAUUCUAUACUCCCCUGGCCCUCUUCAUACCACCUUCAGUAUAUGCUGUUCAUCUUCAGUUCAAUCUCCUCUACCAAUUUUGGAUCCACACAGAGGUCGUUGAUAACCUUGGACCUUUGGAACUGAUUCUUAAUACACCCAGCCAUCAUAGAGUUCAUCAUGGCAGAAACCGUUAUUGCAUAGACAAAAAUUAUGGCGGCACUCUUAUUAUAUGGGAUAAAAUUUUUGGGACAUUUGAGGCAGAGAAUGAAAAAGUUGUAUAUGGUCUGACGCAUCCCAUUAAUACAUUUGAGCCAUUCAAGGUGCAGUUCCAUCAUUUGGUUUACAUGUGGACUACAUUCUGGGCCACACCUGGAUUCUUCAAUAAGUUUUCUGUUAUAUGUAAAGGACCAGGAUGGGGUCCAGGUAAACCAAGACUUGGGCUGAGUGAAGAAAUCCCAGAGGUAACGGGGAAAGAAGUUCCCUUCUCAUCACCGGCGUCUCAACUCUUAAGGAUAUACACAGUUGCACAGUUUGCUUUGAUGCUGGCAUUUUAUGAAGAUACCUUUGCAGACAAAGCUGCACUGUCACAGGCCACUCUCUUUCUGAGGGUUUGCGCCAUUAUCCUGACCUUGACCUCCAUUGGAUUUCUUCUGGAUCAAAGACCUCAGGCCGCUGUUCUGGAAACUUCCCGUUGCUUGGUGUUUCUAAUGCUGUGUAGAUUUGGUCAUCUGAAGCCUCUCGCCCCUUCCUUGUCUUUUGCUUUUGAGGCAUUUCACAGAAUUCUGGAAACAGAUAUGGAAACAGAAAUAAAGCAAAGUCUUUGUCUUCAUGAAGCAGAAGUCAAUGGGAAAAUUUUUUUUUCCAUCUGCAUUGCUUUCUGGGGAGUAAGAAGCAUGAAACAACUUGCCUCUGGCCUUUGGAAAUAACUUGCAUUUGUACACAGUUCUUUUGUUUUAAUUAGUUGUCUACAACCACAAUAUAUUCCUACUGACUAUAAAAAAUAAUUAUCUUAUACAGUAAUUAGAUGAGCCAUUUAUUUAAUGAAAGAUGAAUAUACUUAUUUACUCUUGAUUGCUUUCCACAUUUACUAUUUUCUAUUAAAAUUAAGUCAGUUGCAGUUACUUUCCUUUAUUGCUCGGGUUGAAAACAGAUUAUUUCAAAUAUAAUGAUGUUAUAUCUACUGGUAGCAUCGAAGCCAAUGAGAAAAGGAAAGGAGAAAACUUAAAAACAGUAAAAAAGAAUGAAGAUUUCAUGUGCAUUGGUGUGACAACUUUUCUUUUCCUGUUUGCUGAAGUUGUGAUUGUGUUCUGUGCCAUUGAGUCAGCUCGACUCCUGGUGACCCUGUGAAUGAAUGAUGUUCACAAUGUUACACCUUCACCAGCCCUGCUCAGCAAUGGGAGACUCAAGCCUAAUGCUUCUUUCGUGGAGUCAGCCUAUCUCACAUUUGGUCUUCCUCUUUUCCUGCUGCCUUCUGUUUCCCAGCACUGCUGUCUUUUCCAAAAUGCCCUGACUUGUCAUGAUGUAGGACAGCUUCAGUUUUGUUGUUUUUGCCUCCAGCGAUGUUUCUGGCUUAAUUUGCCCUAGGAACCACUUAUUCAUGUUUCUCCCUGCCCAGGGUAUCUACAGAGUUCUCCUCUGACACCAUAUUUCAAAUGAACCCUUUUUUUUCUUUCUUUUUUUCUUUUUUUAUCAGUCUUCUUCACUGUCUACCUUUCACAUCCAUAUCUAGUAAUUGGGAAUAAGAGGAUGUGGAUGAUUUUAGCCUUGGUCUCUAAUGAAACAGCUUUGCUCUUGAUAGCUUUGACAUAGCUUUGCUCUUUCAUUGCUGUCCUUCUGAGUCUUAGCCUUCUCUUGAUUUCUUGGCUUCAGUUCCCAUUUGAAUUGAUGACUGAAUCAAAGUAAGUAAAAUCUUUAACGAUUUCAGUGUCUUCACUGUCUAUGUUAAAGUUGUGUAUUUCUUCUGUAGUCAUGACUUUUGUCUUGAUGUUCAAGUGCAGUCCUGCUUUAGCACUUUCUUCUUUCACUUUCAUCAGGAGUCAUUUCUGAUCAUUGCUACUUUCUGCCAGUAAGAUGGUGUUACCUGCAUCUCUUAAGUUAUUGAUAUUUCUUCCACCAAUUUUCACUUCUCCCUUUUCUCUGAGUCUACCCUAGUUUUUCAUAUGAUACAUUCUGCGUACAGAUUGAACGAUAAGGAGAUAAAAUGCACCUUGUUUGACAUCUUUGCUAUAUGAAACCAUUCUGUUAAAAUUGUACUUAAAUACAUAUUUGUCAUCAUGAAAAAUGUAUUACAUUAGUUGUUUACCUUAUAUUUACCUUAGAAAACAACAUAACCUAAGGAGCUACAUUACAGAAAAAGACAUCACUAAAAUGAAAAUGAAUAGCAUUUGUCAGAAUUAGUUUAUUCAACAGAUUAAUUUGUGGUACGUAUUUCUAAUAUGUUUGUUCAAUUUGUUUGCAGAUUUGGGAGCAUGCAGUAAUUCAGUGUUAUUUGAAAUUGUCCCAAUAAUGUUAAUAAAACUCUGUAAACAAAAUUACUCCAGUAA